AUGCGGAGACUUGCGGGGGAAUCCUCAACCCCGGAAUCUCACCCAGCUGAUAGCCGAAUGGCUACACACUAUACAUACAGACAAAAUCUCUAUGUUGCCCAGCAGCAGCAGCAGCAGCCACCAGCACCGAUUCCGCCUCAAUGGCAAACCAGUCCUAUCCCAGCGCGAGAAACUCAUCCAAAAGAUCGAAGCCGGAGUCCAACGAAAGGCUCACUUCAAAUCACGAAACGGAUGCGCCGCAUGCAAGCAGAAACGAGUGAAAUGCGACGAAGUCAAGCCAAUAUGCGGGAAAUGCGCCGCAAAGGGGACGACAGCAGCCUAUACCAUAUGCUUCCGCUGUCGAUCUCACAGCAUUCGCUGCUUCAUGCUAUUCUGGCUGUGUCGGCGAGGGAUCUGCUCUGCCUACAUCGCCAUCAUCAGGACUGCCAGCAUGGUUACCAACAAAUAAAAGAGCGACAGAAACUCGUGCUAUCAUUCUACCACCACUACCACCGCUUCGCAACCCUCUACAAAGACGACCUCCUCCGCCCACCAUCUACCGAAACAGCUAACUUAGCUCACUCGAACGCAUUUCUCAUGAACGUCCUAGUCGUCGCAGAUCCAGCGAGUACCUCCUACUCCUCCUCCACAUCAAACUCAUGGGUCACAAGAAAAGCCAAAGACAACAUCGACGCCGCAUUCUCAUGGAUCAAAGUCCAAGCUAUCCAUCAAACGAUUCUAGAGCCCUAUUGGAAAUUUGUGCCGAGUACAUUUUGGUAUUCUGUGUUCGUGGACGAUCAUCACCAGCAGAAGGACGACCAAGAGCAACAAGAACCCUCCGUAAAUACAACUACCGGCAUAAGGAAAAUCAUCAUCGAUCAUCUCGCUAUUAUAUGUGCUAUUGAACAAACAUCUACUACGACGCCGGAAAGAAACGUCUAUCUCUCCGCGUAUAAGAAUCUAUGCUCUAUCCUCACUACACCUAUCCCUCGUACAUCUCGAACACCAUCAGCUCAAAUCUUCGGCUCAUACAUCAAAUUCAUGAUAGAGUUAAAUGCACACUUUGUGAAUUUACUUCGCUCUAAGGAUGAACCUGCGCUGCUAAUGUUCAGCAUCUGGUUAAAUCGGAUGAGAAGUAUAGUGGGAAACAAGUAUGUCACUUCCCUCAAAGGGGCAAUCCCAGCAGCGACCCCAGCAGUUAAAUUCAGUUAUACACUAUAUAAAGCUCCAACAUGCAAGAUGAGUAUUAUUGAAAAUCGAGCCCAGUGCCCUCGUACAUCCUAUGCUCUGUGA